UUCGUCUCCCAUUUCCCCAGAGUUGUAGCAAACAUAACAGUCCAACAAGAUUGGAUUCCCUUGGCCUGAAGUGCUUUUCGCGGCAUCCUUUAGUCCGCUGGUUCCUACCUCCUGAGAUUAUUCCAGAGGAAGAAGUAUAAUGUGCCAGGAAGGCAGUUAUGGGAAAUGGACAUUAUCCAGUAGCGAGGAAAGCGAGGAUGAAAAGCCCGAGCCAGACAAGCCCUCUACCUCUUCUGUGUGCACCGAGCCGGGAACAGCGCCGGAGCUGAGCUACACCUGCUCUGCGGCUCAGCAAGCUGCACACCGGAGGCAGCUCGCACCAGUGCAGUUCACGAACGCAGAUUCAGUUUCGCCUGCCAAAAAGCAGAGAAGUAGCUCCCAGGAAGACCUUGGCUGGUGUCUCUCCAGCAGUGAGGAUGAGCUGGAACCAGAAACGCAGCCAGCACAGGCUGAGCAAGUGGUGGGCAAAGAAGAGAAAGACAUCCCCACUCCCAAAAAUGGUGCUGCCCGAAGGACCGGAAACCAUGGCCCUCCUGUCUGCCACAGGCUCAAAGAGGAGAAAGAUGGGCAUGAGACUUCAGGUGAAGGCCAGGACAUUUGGGACACGUUGGAUACUGGGAACCCCUUCCGGUUCUACCUUACUAGAGUCUCAGGAAUUAAGCCAAAGUACAACUCCAAAGCCCUCCACAUCAAAGAUAUUUUAUCUCCUCUAUUUGGGACACUUGUUUCCUCAUCUCAGUUUAACUACUGCUUUGACGUGGACUGGCUUAUAAAACAGUAUCCACCAGAAUUCAGGAAGAAACCAAUCCUGCUUGUGCAUGGUGAUAAGCGAGAAGCGAAGGCCCAUUUGCAUGCCCAGGCAAAGCCUUAUACCAACAUUUCGCUCUGCCAGGCGAAGUUGGAUAUUGCUUUUGGAACACACCACACUAAAAUGAUGUUACUGCUGUAUGAAGAAGGCCUCCGGGUUGUCAUCCACACCUCCAACAUCAUCCGUGAAGACUGGUACCAGAAAACCCAAGGGAUAUGGUUGAGCCCCCUGUAUCCACGAAUUGAUCCUGGAAGCCACAGAUCUGGAGAAUCAGAAACACAUUUUAAAGCUGACCUCAUCAGUUACUUGAGGGCUUAUAAUGCUCCUCCUCUCAAGGAAUGGAUAGAUACCAUCCAGGAGCAUGAUCUCUCUGAAACUGAUGUUUACCUGGUUGGCUCAACCCCAGGACGUUUUCAAGGAAGUCAAAAAGAUAACUGGGGACAUUUUAGGCUUAGAAAGCUUCUGCGAGAACAUUGUGCGCCUCUGCCUGUGGCCGAAUGCUGGCCCCUUGUGGGUCAGUUUUCAAGUAUUGGCUCUUUGGGAGCUGAUGAAUCCAAAUGGUUAUGUUCUGAGUUCAAAGAGAGCUUGCUGACAGGGGGACCAGAAAGCAAGCUUGCAGGGAAAAGCUCUGCUCCUCUGCACUUGGUCUACCCUUCUGUGGAAAAUGUGCGGACCAGCUUAGAAGGAUAUCCCGCUGGGGGCUCUCUUCCCUACAGCAUCCAGACAGCCGAGAAACAGAACUGGCUCCAUUCCUACUUCCACAAGUGGUCAGCUGAGACAUCUGGCCGCAGCAAUGCCAUGCCACACAUCAAGACUUACAUGAGGCCCUCUCCAGACUUCAGCAGACUUGCCUGGUUCCUUGUCACAAGCGCAAAUCUGUCCAAGGCCGCAUGGGGAGCCCUGGAGAAGAACGGCACCCAGCUGAUGAUCCGCUCCUACGAGCUUGGGGUCCUCUUCCUGCCCUCAGCCUUUGGCCUGGACAGCUUCAAAGUGAAGCAGAAAUUCUUCUCUGAUGACCAGGAUCCCACUCCCGCCUUCCCUGUGCCAUACGAUCUGCCCCCCGAGCUGUACGGGAGUAAAGAUCGGCCAUGGAUUUGGAACAUUCCUUACGUCAAAGCACCAGAUACUCAUGGGAAUAUGUGGGUGCCCUCCUGAGCCUCCUAAAGCCCUGUGAAAUUUGAGCGUCAGAUGUUGAUCCCCAGAGCCUGAAUGUUGUUUUUUGUGCUUGUUCACGUCCCUUAAAGUCUUUCCUGCACCUCUAUAAACCAUUCUGCAAAGACUGCUCUUGGGAACAUGGGUGUUAGGUAGACUUCCAAUGGUCAUUAUUGGUCUUCUACUGAAAAUGUGCUAUUUUCUUAACUCACAUUUAUUUAUAUGCUUUGGAAAGAAAGCAAUUAAACUUCAU